AAGGAAAAAAAUAAAUGAAAAAGGAAAAGAAAAGAGAGAACCGGUGUUAAAAUUAGGAUUUUAAGGGUCGGUAAGGACCCCUACGUGGCACAUUCUUAUUCUCUCUCUCUCUCUCUCUCUCUCCUUCGUCGUUUUCCAUCUUCUCCAUCGAAAAUCUGUCGAUCUCCUUCUCUGUCGAUUCUCUUUUGAUUCUGAAGUCGAUCGCCAAUCGAUUGGUGUGGCCUCUGAUCCCAUGGCUGCACGUCGAGGAGGCAGGGAACUUCCAAUGGAAGAUGUUUGUUAUUACAAGUGGCCGCUUCCUGGGGCUGAUAAGUUUGGGCUGUUUUGUGUUUGUGAUGGACAUGGGGGAGCAGGGGCUGCAAACAGAAGCUUGGAUGAUCACCAAUAUGAGCACUACAUCAAACUGAGCGAGAUGGAGAAGAACUGCAAGUUGAAUGACCUUCUUGACGCAUUGGACUUCAAUCAAGUUGUCAUAUUUGUGAAGAGCGUUAACAGAGCUGGGGAGCUGAACAAGUUGCUUAUUGAAUGCAAUUUCCCCUCAAUAUGUUUUCACUCUGGCAUGUCUCAUGAAAAGAGGCUGACUCACUACAAAAGUUUCAAGGAAGGGCACAAGAGGAUCCUUGUGGCGACAGACUUGGUAGGAAGAGGCAUUGACAUUGAGCGUGUCAACAUUGUUAUCAACUAUGACAUACCAGAUUCUGCUGAUACAUAUCUUCACAGGGUCGGGAGAGCUGGUAGGUUUGGAACAAAGGGUCUUGCGAUCACAUUUGUGGCAUCAGGUUCAGAUUCUGAAUUCAUGUGUAUGUCUCAGAAUUUUUUUUUUUUAAGAACCUCACUGAGGUUCUACCAUUGGAGGAAGAAAAAUUUAAUUAGACUAACAUGGGUUCUAAACUUUUCAAAUCACAAAAUUAAUUACUAAAUUAUUCAUUAGAACCCUUAAUAGUUUCUAACCAAUGGACUUGCUCUUACAAGGCUAUCUCUAUUAGAUAGAUCAUACGAACUUUUCAUGUGUUCACUGUUCUUUAACUCUGUUUUCUUCUCUCUUAUAUAUGUAUUUUUUUUAGCAACUCUCUCUUAUUAAUUAUUAUAUCAAAAGGUGACUUUUUGUGUUUC